CUCUCCACACCAUCCAAUCAGCAUGGCCACAAAACGAGGCGCCUCUGCAUCCACAUCCGCAGCGGCAUCCACAUCCCUCGUCAAGCGUUCUCGAGUCGAAGACGCAGACGACGCCUCGUCAGGAUCCCUCAUCACAGUCUCGUCUUCCGGCAAGGACAAAGGCUUGGUUCGCACCGUCAAACGCACCAGCGGCCUCAGCGAUCCCAUCCUCAGCCUCAGUGGUGGCCAUGCCGGGGAGAUUCUCGAUGUGCGCUUCUCGCCAGAUGGACAGAUCAUAGCUGCCGCUGGUGCAGACCAUACAGUGUCAAUAUGGCAUACCUAUGCGCCGAAUGACCACAUCACUUCCCUCCUUUCCCAUUCAAAGGCGGUAACAUGCCUCGCCUUCCUACGAGCGCCAUCUUCGUCACCACUGCUCCUCUCCGCAUCGGCCGAUGGCACCAUCAUCCUCUGGUCUCCACUCGCCCCGCCGCCGACGAACAAGGUACGCAGGUUCCGCCAACAUCGUGCCGUCGUCAACAGCAUUGCCCCUUGCCCUACGGAUGCUACCAUCUUUGCCAGUGGAAGUGAUGAUGGUACCAUCUGCGUCUGGAAUACCGAUGAGCGCAAGCCAUUGGAUGUCCUCAAUGUGGGCUACCCUGUCACAGCCGUUGAAUGGGCACAGGAUGGGAGCUCAUUGUUUGUAGGAGGCAUCGACAAUCAGAUUCAUCUCUACGACCUGCACCGCAAACAGGUCGUCUACACCCUCUCCUCCCACACAGAUACCAUCUCAAGCCUACGCCUCUCCCCUACCGGCUCACAUCUCCUCUCCCUUUCCUUCGACUCGACACUCAAAGUUUGGGAUGUACGGCCAUUUGCCAUCUCGAAUGGCAACGGGGCAAGAGGAGGCGAAGAGUCACAAGACGAGCGGCUGACAGGCACCUUCACAGGCGCCGCCGUGGGAGGCAACGACUCGCUCCUUGUGAGGGCGGAUUGGAGUCGAGAUGGCAAACGUGUCGUCAGCGGCAGCUGUGAUCGAACCUGCGUGGUAUGGGAUAUGGAGGACAUGAAGGGGAGAGUCGUGUAUAAGCUGCCAGGGCACAGAGGGACAUGUACUGCUGCGGCGCUUCACCCGAGAGAGCCCAUUGUUGUGUCAAGCUCGGCGGAUGGGACGUUGCUCUUGGGAGAGAUUGAGCCGUGA